GUGCCUUCCCUCCUCCCUGGUCCGCGUGGAGGCGCUUUCCUUACCUCAUUUGUCCUCGCCCCUCCCCGUCCCUCUACGCGUUUUGGUUCCUGGUUGGUGCUUCCUGGUCACAGCCGCGGCACAUCGAAGUUACUGACUUUCCAUGAUGUUUGGUGGUUAUGAGACUAUAGAAGCAUAUGAAGAUGACCUUUAUCGUGAAGAGUCUUCUAGUGAACUCAGUGUUGAUAGUGAGGUGGAAUUUCAGCUCUACAGCCAAGUUCAUUAUGCCCAACAUCUUGAUAAUGUCGUCAGGGAGGAAGAACAUGAAAAGAACAAGUCUGAGAAUUCUGAAUUAUCCAGUAGUAAUCUAAACCAGAAAAACUUAAUUAUUCUUUCAGAUAGUGAAGUCAUCCAGUUAUCAGAUGGGUCAGAAGUCAUCACUUUGUCUGAUGAAGAUAGUAUUUACAGAUGUAAAAGAAAGAAUUUUAAAGCCCAAGCAAAAGAGAAGAUCCGAGGUCCUCUUGCUUCUCUUCAUUCAGAAGAGUUGGCUGAUAAAUGUAAGAGGGAUACUGAGAGGCCUAAACCCAAAGAGAUAUCGGGUCCCAUCCAAGAGGUCAUGAUUAUAGAGGUCAGUUCAAGUGAAGAGGAAGACAGCACCAUUUCAGAAAGUGAUAAUGUGGAAAGCUGGAUGCUGCUGGGAUGUGAAGAUGAUAGAGAUGAUGAUAUCCUUCUCAAUCUUGUGGGAUGUGAAAACUCUGUUAAUGAAGGAGAAGAUGGUGUAAACUGGUUCAUCAGUGACAAAGACAUUGAGGCCCAGAUAGGUAAUAAUAGAUCAUCUGGAAGAUGGACCCACCGAUACUAUUCAGCCAACAAGAAUGUUACCUGUAGAAACUGUGACAAAUGUGGUCAUUUAUCCAAAAACUGCCCCUUUCCACAAAAAGUCCGCGCCUGCUGCCUUUGCUCCGAGAGAGGACACCUCCAGUAUGCCUGUCCAGCCCGCUUUUGCUUAGACUGUUCUUUGCCUAUGUCUUCUACUCACAGAUGUCUUGAAAGGUCUUCCUGGAGAAAACGAUGUGACCGAUGUGAUAUGAUGGGCCACUAUGCUGAUGCUUGCCCAGAAAUCUGGAGGCAGUAUCACCUAACGACCAAACCUGGACCACCCAAAAAGCCAAAGACCCCCUCUGGACAGUCAGUCUUGGUUUAUUGCUACAACUGCGGGCAAGAGGGCCAUUAUGGACACGAAUGUACAGAAAGACGAAUGUUUAACCAGACCUUUCCAACAUCUCCAUUCAUCUACUACUAUGAUGACAAGCAUGAAAUUCGGGAGAGAGAACAGAGAAUAAAACGAAAAGUAAAAGAACUCCAGAAAAAUGGUGAUUUUCCAAGGCAGUUCAAGAGACCUCAUGUGGAAGCAUCAUAUAAGAGGCCCCACCAUGGUAUGAGGAAGAGCCAAGCCUUCUGGAGAAACAGUAGGUGGCCUCAAGAAAAGAAAGAAACCCAAAAGGAAACAAUGAACAGGAGCAAUAAAAAGCGUGAGAAGCACAGGAAGGCUGACAAGUGUCAUGAAGCGGACGAAGACUUCCCCAGGGGCCCCCAGACCCACUCUUCUUCUGGCACUUUCAAAGCCCAGCGGCCUCACAGGCCCUUCCACCACUCAUCACAUUACCACAAGCCAGGAGAAGACAAGCCAGCCAAAGAGGGCAGGUGGGGCAAGCAUAAGAAAAAGGGGAGCUAUGUGGAGGACGACAGCAAUGAUAACUUAUUUCUUAUUAAGCAGAGGAAAAAAAAGUCUAAGCAGUGAAACAGCCUCUGAUUCCACUUUCAGUGUUUGUCUGGUCUCCAUGUCUACAACCUUCUGGCAAUGUUUUUAUUAUCUAUGAUUAAAUAAAGAAGUUUUUGUUUUUGUUUUUUUAUCUCAGCCAUAUCUAGAUCUUCAAAACCCAUGGAGAUCUCAGUUCUCUGUGUCUAAGAGGUUAUUAGGUUAAAAAAAAAGAAAGAUAAACUUGGACUUCCCCUUUUCCAGUGCAUCAUUUUUACUUAGAAUCCUAAGGAUAGGAAGAGGAAGAGUUCAUCUUUUUCAAGAAACUUUUUAUAGAAAUACUUUGAAAAAAUAAAAGCACACAAACAUAAUUCACCUGCAAUGUAAGGAAGAAAGUUAAAUCCUUGCAGGAAGAGAAAUUAAUGCUAAUAUGAAAAAUUCAUUAAUCUUUUUCAAAAUUACUUUCUUUUAACAUGGAAAAGCAGAGUUAUCAAUCUAAAUCCAGCUUUCUUGCUCCUGAAGCUGGUGUCAGAUUUUUCCUUUGAUCAAAGCAUCACAGGCUGAAAAAUGAAGGUGUCAUCAUCAAACCCUGAAAGAGGGCAGAGAAUUGGACCGUAGCAAAAUACAAGGAACCCAUCCUAUGUAAAAGCCACAAGGCAGAUUUUCAGAAACAAGUGGAAAAGAGUCAUCAAAAAUUAGAACAAUCACAAUGAAAUAGUUCUUAUCAUUUUUACAGCGACACUUCAAGAAGACUAUCACUCAGAAAUACAGAGAUGAAUAUUGCCCAAUUUAAAAAAUUGUUUGUUUUCACAGGUUUUUUAACUACCACCACAAGGCUAUACAGAAAUUUUUGUACUUGUGAACCUUUUGUACUUAAUCAAAGCCUAAUGUUAGAAUAAGAAAAAUAAAAUAUCUGAAAUAGAGUAAAUAAAUGUGUCCAUUAUGUAAACAGACAAUGAGAGUUUGGGUGACAAAGGGCAUGCUUGGGUUGGACAAGUGACUAAAGUUUUAAAAUCUCCAUAACCUUGGGUCAAAGUGCCCUUGUUGCCCAAGUAUUAGCUCUUUCCCAGAAUAAAAUAAGAUGGAGUCAUUUAACUAGGACAAUUUUAUGAUGUUGUAUUCUUAACUUUGUGUUUCACUUUUUGUGACGUAUACAAACUGCCAUGCAUCUGGUAGGAUUGGCUCUCUUAAUCUUUGGGAGGAAAGGGAGACUCCUCCUGAAUCGGCGUUAGUGUGAAUUGUACAUCAGCAGUCUUUAGUCCAGUACCUUGUCUGUGGCUGCCUGGCUCUCAGCUAAGUAAGGUCCGUUGUGUGCUGGUGCAUGGCUACCUAUCAUUAGUGAGGGUUGUUUUGACUCUUAAGAUAAGGGCCCAGAGUCAUUUAAUACUCUCUAAAGUAGCUGCCUUGAAAAGUGGCUUCAUAGAGUGGUGAGCCUUGAAAUAGUUGGCAUUAUUAUUCAAUUCAUUAUGAUUGUUGUGGUGUGACAGCAUUUCUUCAGGUCAGAGGGAAUUUCCUUUCAGGACAGAAAAGGUCUUUCAUAAGUAGAAGAUCAUUUAGGGGAAGGGAAGAAAGGAGGCUCUUUUUUUCCAUCUGUUUCUGUACAUUAUCUUAUUCCCCCUCCCCUGAUUUUUUAGUAUUAGACAAACCUUUUGUUCUGGGGUGUAAUUUACCCUUCAGGUCCGUGCAUUUACAUGCCGAAAGGAGAGGCAAGCUUAGCUACUUUAUUUGUGGGCAUUGGAUUGGUAGGGAAAGUACAGAAAUACCAAAGAGCCUCUGCUCCAUUUCCUUGUUCCUGCCCUUGGCGCCUGGCGCUCUCACCGGGGGUUCAGUUAGAGCUAGUCAGUCAGUCAGUGCAGUCACGUAGUAACUUUUCCUGUAAGAAUGGGGAGUUUAAAAUAUAGAGAGAUUCAACAAUCAAAUGAGAUAAGUGGAUAAAUACUAUUGAGAAGGAAAACAGAUGUCCCAAACAGUAAGAAUCCAUACAGUUUCUAGGAUUGAGACUAAAUAAAUGUCUCCUCCCUCUGGCCUCACUUGACCUAGAAACAGCCGAUGUGGCCCCUAUCCUGGGUUCUAGCUUGGUUCAUGUUUGGCAUUCUUAGAAUAGAGUGCAAAGAAACUGUCUCCUGCCCUUUAAAUGGAAACCCUUGUUUUCACUGGACUAUGGUUUUCGCUGUGCCUGUUAUUAACUCUUCAGUUUUGUUAAACAAGGAUUACAUGUUCAUUUUAAGAGAAAAGUUAAAAGCAUAAAAACUGAACCUCAUUCUUUCACCCAAAGAUAUGGUUAAAAUUCUUAGUGUCAAUCCUUCCAGUCUCUUUUCUAGACAUACAUACAUUGUUUUAUAACCUGUUUUUUCACUUAAUACAUUGUGAAAAUCCUACUAAUCAAAUAUACCAUCUCUGUCAUUAUUUUUAGUGGCACCAUGAUAUUGCUGUAACAGUUCAUUUAAUCAGCUCCCUGUUGUUGAACAUUUGGUUGUUUCUAAUUUUCACCUUAAAAAAUCCUUCUACACACAUAUCUUCUCCAGUUAUUCAGUUGUGAUAAAAUAGAAUUUAUGGGUCCAAAUCAUGCAUAUGUUUCAUGCAAGUUUUGAUACAUAUUUUCAAAUUCCAAAAAAAGUCAUAUACCCCCCCAGUCAUUUAUACAUUCCUGGUAGUGUGUGAGUGUUCAUCUCCCCUCUGCCACAAUAAUGGGAUGUUUUCAUUCCUUUUUCUUUGCUGUUCUGAUGGGCAAAGAAACACUAUUUGUUAGUGCUACGGUGAAUAGAUUGAUGUAGGCUGUGUUUUUUAAGGAGAAACAGGAUUAACAAUGUAUCAAUAAUCUGUUGAUAGAAGAUAUGGAGAAAAGAAGCUUUUCCAAGGUAACAACUGCCAACAAAAGAUAACUACAAAAUAAGAGGGCCUUCUUGAUCACCUGAUCUUACCAGUUUUGGUUUUCACAAUUUAGAAGGUACUGCUGGCAGUGGGUAGAGGCCGGGAAUGCUGCUAACCUAGUCCUACAAUGCACAGGACAGCCCCCACCACAAUUAUCCAGCCCCAAAUAGGAGUGCUGAGGUUGAGAAACCGUAAUUGAAACCCCACCCCAUUUCCCAAGGGAAAUCCUGCAUGCUAGGAAGGGGGUCGAGGCUGCCCACCACACCUGAGAGCAAGGGCCAGAUGUGUCCUUACCUCACAAGGCUUAGAUUUUCAUCAGGCUGCUGGUGUUUGUGAGUUUGAUGGGACAUGUCCCAUUCAUCUGAAAUAAGGACAACUAGCCACAUGCCCUGGAGGUCUACAGACCAUUUGGGCCACUUUGUGGAGGGAUGGUGGGGAGAUUGAGCUAGCGGAGAUGAGUUACUUACUGGUGUAACCAGGAAACAUGGAUAUAAACACUAGAUCACCAGGAGGGAUGUAAGCUCUGCAAAAUACAGAAUCAUGGUAAGAGAACAGAGGGAGUCAGUUGGGGAGAGUGGGGGGAAGAGUUAGAGACUAUAGUGGUUGAUGUCAGAUUGUAGGAGCCAGCACCAGGACCCAAGUCCAGCAUAGGCCCUUAGGUUUUAUAGUUGGGCUUAACAUUUCAAAUAAAUAUCAACCAGAAGACAUGGCUUAUUCAUGCCAUGCAAAGAAUCACUUCAUGUGAUGAUGCUGUUUAGCUCUUAGUCUAAUUCUGAGAGAACAGCUUUCUGGUGCAUAACCUAAUGUAUGCAGCGGACAUUGUAUACACCCAUCCUAACAAUUGUGAAAUAAAUAACUUCUUAAAGUGAUUUACUAAGAAGUGUUUCCAAUAAAACCCAGUAAAGAGAGUGGUUAAGCAGACAGGGAAGAGAAGAGAAGGAAUCAAGUCAGAUACCUUACUAAGUCAAGUCCCACAGAGGGGAGUGUUCAGAUUCCCAAAAGAGCGCUGGCCGUACCUCAGAACCACCCCAAUCUGGAAAAACUGUUGUAUGUGUGUGUGGUUUUGUUUUAAAUGAGUCAUUGUUUAAGAGCUGCCCCCAGGAGCCUGUCCCAGUCAACUCUGGCUCUCUCUGCACCCAGGCCAAGCGGAUUUGGCAGCUAGAGGGCCAGCCCCCUGACAGAGACCCAGGGAUAUGAAUGAAACAGUAAGGUCAUCUGCCAUACCCAUAAUCUCAGAAUAGUUCUUCCCACAAAAGGACACUUGGUAGUCUUAACAGUUUAAAUAAUUUUAAAUUUUAAUAGAUUUUAAAUUUAAAAUUAUUUUUUAAACUUUUUAAUGCAAAAAAAUAGUUUUGUUUAUUAUAUAUAACCAUUUUCUCGAGAAUAAAUCAGGUUGACAUAUCAUAUAUGACAGUACAAUAUGAAAGAGUCCAGAGAAUAUCAAAUUUAUUGCAUUUGUCAUAGUCACUGUCAAAAGCAGUUUCAGGGAUUUCUACUUCUAGCCAAGAUUAUUAGAGUUAUAGGACCAGAUUUACUCUCCAUCCUGAAAUAGCGUAAAAAAUAUGUGAAGCAGUUCUCAAGACACUGAACAUUAGACAAGGAAGGACAGUGAACUUUCAGAGAUGGCAGACAAGUAAGGUGCGCCUUGUGACUGUCCUGGCUGACUGCUCGGAGAGUUUCCCAACUGUGGAGCAAGGAGGGAAACCCAAGAGGAGCCUGGAGGUGUCCCUGAGUGGAGGAAACAGCUACGAAAUAGCCCAAGUGGCUGGAGUUUGCAGGUCAGACAAUGUGAGAGGAGAGCUUCACAGAGAAACCAGAGACCAGUGGAGGGUCCCCCUGGAGGCUUCAGCCGAAUGUUGGUCAACCCAUAUGUGUGAGGAAAACAACGGAAGGAUUAGAGGAGACCUUCCGGAGCCCACACAGGGCCUAGAGCAGUUUCUGUUCUCAGUCAGAGUGGAAAACCUCACAGUUCGUGCAGCAAUGACUACUCAGAAGACUGCCUCUGUGAUGGGGAGAAAUUAGCCCUGGUCUGAACGCCUCUCCGCCUGCCUAACUACCUUAAAAGCAAGAGCUGGAAGAAUCAAACUGUCUCCAAAUAACCGAUUCCAAGAACAAAGCUCAAAAAUAUUUCUAGGAAUUCGCAGCACCUAAUAAGGUAAAAUCCACAAUGGACUACUGCAAAAAAAUGCAAAUUAAACUACAGUGACAGAAAGCAGAUCUGAGAUAGCCUGGGGGUGGGGAUGGUUGGUAGGGGUGGGAAGUAGAGGCUGUUAAGGGGCACAGUGAAACUUGGAGGAUAGUAAAUAUGUGCAUUAUCUUGAUUGUGGUGAUGGUUUCAUAAGUAUACAUGUCAAAACAAAUUAGUUUUAUUCAAAAUCUACUGGAAACAUUUUGGUGUUUUUUUCACUCAACUAGGGAUAAUCUGAAAAAACUGGGCAAGGCCAGGGAUCAGUAGUGCGCAGAUCACCUUGUUUUGUUUCCUGCUUUGCCCAUGUGGGGCCAAAAAGACUGAUCACACGCCUGGGGGAGGGUGGUAGCUGCACUAACACUGAAGAGGCAGUCGAAGACUUUCUUGUACAGAUGCGGAGUGCCGGGAUCAAUAUGGCUCCCCAAAUACUCAAUUGCAUCUUCAAAACCCUAUUUCCAAAUAAAUUCCCAUUCAUGGGUACCAGUGAUUAAGACUUGGAUAUACCUUUUUGAAGAACACUGUCCAAGCUACUACAUACCCUAAACUGUAAGAAGAAUUGCUUCUGCCGAGCUGUGCUUUGUUUUUAUUCCCUGGGCAUAGCGGGGGGAUGCAGUAUUUCAUGUUAUUUUUCUCUGGCU